AUGAGUCCGUGUCCAACCUCUCGUUUUCUGCGGUCGUGCGUCGCGAACGUGCGCUGGCGUCAUGGGCAGACAGCUCGGUGCUGGACCACCAAGGCGGCGUCUGACCAGAUUACCUACCACAUCGUGGUCGCAUCGGCCAACCCUCCACGCGAAUUGUGCAACCAACAGCAUGAGGGCCGGAGAAGGCGCAUGAUCACCGACCAAUUCAAGUUCAAUGGCCGCGCGACAAAUCAGCCAAGCUCUGGUAAAGCUCUUGAUGAUGCCGCGCCAAUUGGGUUCACCAGGGGUUUGUUUUUUUAA